ACCAGGUGAUACGCGCGAUCCUCGCGAAGGAAUCCGCGCUCAUGCGCGUGCAUGCUGCACGGGUGCCUGAUUGCGCGUGCAAAUUGUUACUGGGAAAUGGCAGCAGAAAGCAAUGACCCCGAAUCACGUUUAUUACGAUAUCUGUAUGUCGGAAAAGAUUAUCCCAAUUACCAGCCUGGAUAUUGGUUUGCUCAUCAUUAUUUUAUAGUCAGGAAUGUUAUAGCCAUAGAAGAACUUGCUGAAGAUAAGGAGAAGGAAUUGGUACCCAUUGAACUGAUCAAACAGGCAUUUGCGAGCAAUUUGGUUACACAUCCAGAGGCUUUGGUGUUUGCCCUCGCUGUUUGCUGCAGGCAAAAUAAAAGCGAGAAAUUACGUCAAGCAGCGUAUGAAAGUGUGGGAGAGAUCUGUGCAUCUACCCCGGAUUUUAUUCUGUUCGUUAAAUUCGUUUCUAAACUGUGCAGAGAGAAAGAGUUGAAUUAUAUUACGCAAGGAUGGGGCCACGGUAUGAGGAAAGCUGUUAACAAUUGGUACCUCUCUAAGCAACCAAUGGAUUUUAUAAAGUGUGUCACGAAAUAUAGAAGCAGGUAUGGCUGGAAACACAAGGAUAUUGUCAAAAUGGCUCAUCCUCAAGGCAAUACUCGAGAAAGAGAAGUUAUACUGAAGUAUGUAAUAUAUGGCUUGGAAAAGACCAAAACAGAAAUGAAAUCUGACAGCAGUGAGAAUAUUCAAGAGCUACUAAAAUACAUGGAACAUGUUGAAAACUUCAAACAUUGCGAAGAUGAGUUAGAAGCUGCCAGUAUGCUGGAAACAAAUCAUUUCUCUUUAGAUCAUGUACCUGGACAUUUGCUAAAAUCCAAAGAGGUUUGGACUGCAUUGCUAAUGUCAAUGGAUGUUGGUGUUCUUCUAAACAACCUGCAAAGGAUUCACAAUCUUGGGUGUCUUACUGCUGAUAGUGCUGAUCCUUCUGAUCGUACUAAGAUAGCAAUCGAGGCAGUAACAAAACGACUUACUGAUUCAGAUUGCGUUGAGGCCAGUAAAGUUCAUCCAGCAUUAGUUUUUAUUACCCUAAAAAAUUAUAAAAGUUCUGGAAAAGCUUUGACCUACGAAAAACGAAAAGUUCGAAUGUUAGCAGAAAGAAAGAAAUCGCCGGAGUAUGAUCCAAAUGUCGAAGUAAUAAACGCUUUAAACGAGGCAUUCCGUUUGUCAUUUAAAAAUAUACAACCUACGAAAUUUCGCUACUUAGUGACAAUCAGUACAAACAAAUCGAUGGAAAUACGCACUUGGCAGAACGGUAAUAUGACUGGCAUCGAGACGGCUGCUUUGAUUGCGCUGAUACUUUUGCGUUCCGAGGAGAACGUUACCAUAGCGACGUUUACGAACGACGGCGACGGAAUUUCUCCAGUAAAUGUCCGCAAUACGGAUUCUUUCGAACAUAUUUUGGCGACCUUAACGGCGAGCCCCAUAGGAAGUACCAACACGAGUAAACCAAUCUUGUGGGCCACAAACAAAUCUAAGCCGUACGAUGUUUUUAUUAACAUUAUGGAUCAAAUAUUCCCAAGGCACGAUGAAUCGCAGGAAAAACUGAUAGCGUACAAAGAGCAUAUGAAACUUCCGGAUACAAAACUGAUUACUUGCGCUUUAUGCUCUUCCACACCAUAUUGUAAAGAGCCCUAUGACCGACACGUCCUGACGAUCAACGGUUUUGAUGCUACCGUACCUAACGUCAUUCAAGCGUUCGCCAAGGGUUUAUUUUAGAUACAAGCACGAGUUAAAUUUCUAUUGGAGAUUCUUCAAAACAUGUUUCUUCAAGUCACAAGCGGUCAAUCGAGAAAAAAAGUUAUCCUCUUAAAGCAUAUUUCAAUAAGACUAUGUCUUUAAGGUCAUCAAAAUAUCAUCGAAAGAAUCCAUUUAUUCACUAUAUAAACACUUGGCAGUUUUAGAAGCUGGUGGUGAGGAUAUAGGUUUUUCUUCAAAAUCAAGUUUGACUAAUAAGCAUACUAACAAAAGAACGUGAGUGAAGACGGAGGAAAGUUACGGAGAGUUUUUAGAAAUUAUUUAAAACAGUGCCGAGAGAGAAUUUUGAAAUUUAAACUAUCUCACCUUCUUCAUCAGUUUCGAAUGUCGGCUUGCUUGCACAUCCAUGACUGAAUCAAAUUAUUUAAUUUUGCUAUCCGUUAAUUUUUUUUUAAGAUCCAAUAGGGACAUAUAUAAUUUUUGAAACAUACUGCAAAUAGGUAAACGAUGAAGGUGAUUAAGAAAAGUGGUCGUGCACUAUAAUUGGCAUGACGGUAAUAUUGAUAUCUACUACAUGUUCGUAGUGUUAGGAAAGAGCUGUGUAGCAUUUCCCUUUUUUUGUUAACAAAAUGAUCAGGUAUUUUUUUACUCCUAUUCGGAUUUCUGACGAUACGAUUUAAAUAACUCGGUAUUUUAUUUUUAACAAACGUUAAUACAAUAUCGUAUCGAUCCGAUUAUAUAAGCAAUAUAUAGAUUAAUUACGGACUAUUUUUUAUUAAACUGUUGCACAUGAAAUCUCAGUUUUACGUUAAUUUUUUAUAUAUUCUAUAUUUAAUAACAAUUUCUCUUUUCUUUCUACGUUAA